UACAAUAAAUGCUUUAGUCUGGUCCAGGCACCUCUAUAGAAUCAGACUGCCGCACCAUUUGUUAGAGUGGCGAUGCAUUAUUGUUAAUGGAUCAGGAAAUAACUUAUGGUAGUUUGGUUUAGAUAACAGUGGCACUUAUAGUUAAGCCUAUGUUUAUUUACACAUGUCGUAUACGGGAUGAAUUUUAACCACCCCUCCUCGCGAGCGCACCCUACCGUGGGCAUCAGACUUCAGACUGCGGUUACGCUUCAGUCGGUUUGGUAGCUGUUGUGGUCCCCAACAAUCUGCAUCGCAGCUUCAGGUCGGAGCACAGUGCGAAUUAGCAUUGGGUGGCACUUACCUACCCACGGCCAAUGAACGAAGCGUCGCUAUGCCGUAUUAAUUUAAUGGUUGGCUGGUUCAGCUGUCAAUCUUUUGCAGCUGACGUGCGGUGGUACGGUGCGCUCCGGGGCCGUUACGCCAGCUCCGUUUGGACAGCGCAUUCAGAAGCUGCGCGUGUGGUCGGAGGCGAGCGGGAAAGACUUGGAGGAGGUUAGCGGCGAAAGGAAUGCGAAGGAUCUGCUGUCCAUAAACUGGAAUUUCCAGAAGGGGAGAGGGGAGCAAGAACGCUGCCUACUUUUUUUAUUCAAAGUGACAGGUCCAGUGGGCGGGGCUUUGCCCGGGGACCGAGGUGAUUGGCGGCUGCCCCGGCUCGCGCUGCGCAGCGUUCGCUAGCGACACACAGGCUGAGCACUGCGAGCGCAGCCCGGUGUCCAGGGCAACCAGGAUGAAGAUGAUGAUGAUGAUGAUGAUGAAGGUUUUUGCCUCCUGCCCCACCCCCCACCACGGCCCUCACCUGUGUGCUGCGGUGCUUCCCCUGCGAGCCGUCCUGGGCCGGCAGCCCGUUCCUGCACCGCCCCCCGACCCCGCCCGCGGUCAGGAUGACGCGCUCCAAGACCUUCCAGGCCUACCUGCCCAGCUGCCACCGCACCUACAGCUGCAUCCACUGCAGGGCGCACCUGGCCAACCACGACGAGCUCAUCUCCAAGUCCUUUCAAGGCAGCCAAGGCAGAGCGUAUCUCUUCAACUCAGUGGUGAAUGUGGGUUGUGGGCCGGCUGAAGAGAGGGUUUUGCUGACUGGUCUCCACGCCGUGGCUGAUAUUUACUGUGAAAACUGCAAAACCACACUGGGUUGGAAAUAUGAGCAUGCUUUUGAGAGCAGUCAGAAGUAUAAGGAGGGGAAGUUCAUCAUCGAGCUGGCUCACAUGAUCAAGGACAAUGGCUGGGACUGAGCAUGUGCAGAGGGGGUUUGGUGGGGGGGGGUGAGACUCUCAUUUGAAGUUACCUCUGUUACAUUGGUCCUUGCAACUCCACCAGGCACACACACACACACUCACGCACUAUGCGCACACGCACACACUCACACGCCACGUGCACACACACACACACACACACAGGUGCAGGAGGUCGGGCAGGACGAGAUCCCCUUUGGUUACUGGGCGGAUGGGCUCUCUCCACUGUGGGGAGCAGAAUGGACCGCACUACCCAUAAUCCCACUGGUGUGGCACAGUCACCGGGGCAGGGGCGGGGCUUGUUACCAGGGCUACAGAGGGACAUAAACACCCCCCCAAACCCCCCACCCCACAUGCGCACACAGGCCUUUCAGCAGCACUGUUACUGAAACAGGAUUCACACCUGGGUCAGAUACCUGAAAUACCUUAACUCUUUAGAUCCCAGUAAAAGCUGAAAAUGCAACUGCAAGUUCCCCAAGACAUUUUCAUAAAAAUGUUGCUAACCAUACAUACGUACCGACAUGCAUACAUGCAUACAGUACGAUCAUUUGUACAGUAAUUCUAGUAAAUUAUUUGGCCCAGGUUUUUCCUGUUUCACAAGGUGCAGACGAGGAGUCAGUGAAAGCUGAGGUGCAGUUCAGACAGAGGCCUGGGGGGGUGCUGUUGUGACCUGGUGAACUUGCUGGAGCGCCACAGGGGAAGGCUCAGACUGACUUCUGGGCUGUUUUUACGUGUUCAUGCAUGUUAGACUUAUUUCUGCUCUAUUUAUUAUUUAUUUGUCAUGAUUCUGGGACUGAUCUCCCCUCUGUAGAAAGUCUUGUCCUUUGAUCCCACCUGUACCCCUCUGUACCUGUCCACACCUGUACACCCCCCUGGUAGCAGUCUUAAGGGUUCUGAGGCAUUAGUUACUGUUUUACACCUUUAUAAUGUGCUAUGAAGAUCCAUUCUGACUGCGUGCUGUAAAUCACAUGUUGUUUCAUUAACACAGCAAAGACCCCAAAAGUGUGGGGAGAGAAUAUUGGAGUUUGGGGGGUGUGGGGCACUGUUGUUUUCUUAACCUGGGACACCCCCCCCCAUGUUUACCGAAGUCAGUCUGUUACACUGCCUCUUAACUACUUAUAAAACACACUAAAACAAUAACCAACAAUGGAAUAAGAUUUCCUGUUGUUUGGGGAACUGGAGUCCACUGGUAGCCACGGCGACUCACUGGCUGUGGAAACACCCAAUCAGAGGGUUUUUAAAGCCCCAGCACAACCAAAGAAUCCACCCGUCUAUGGUAAGUUGACCAAUCAAGAGAUCUCAUUAUUGCUUGGGCAAUAGUGGUUCAGAAAGGAGGGUUGUGACUGGCUGGAAGGGACAGCUCUUUCUCCGAUAUAUUGCGUUGUUUGCUUUUGUAAAUUAUAGAUGUUAAUAUAUUUAUAAAUAUAUUCACUAUGAACGUGAGAAUGAUAAUUUAUGUCUUAUGUGUGUAUUACACAAUGUAAAUAGUCAUGUUUAAUGUUUGUUUUUAUUUAUUAUGAUCAUGAUGAUUAUUUCUGUCUAUGCUGUGCAUUCUGUCUAAAGCCCCUAACAGGGACUGUAAUAUUUGCUACUUUUUUACGAUUUGAAAAUGUUUUGAUUUCAUUGUUUUUGUAAAGGGCAGAAGAUGAUGACACUGAUAUUGGAACUUCAUCAAUAAAGUCACCCUUAUCAAUGCUCACGUGAGCAGUUA